CCUCUCAGCUGAGCCCGACUCCUAAGCCAUGCAUCCUUAUUGUGUAUAACCAAACCUACGAAAAGCUGUACUUUUACAGUUCAGAUGGGGAUAACCGUAGGUCUGGGGCCUGCCUGCCUGCCUCUUCUUGCAAGGGCGUCACACUUGCCGCGCACCGCCUGCACAUAUCCCGUGUCUCUGAGCAAGAGAAGGCCUUCUCGGAGGUCACAGCGGUAAGGAUACCCAGGUCGCUGUGUGCGUGGAAACUUCUUUCGGGAUUAGACUCCUCCCCGUGGGUGGCAUAUUACAGGCGGGUCCGUCGUGAACGGCGACAUGGUAUCCCCGGCCGUGCUGAUUAACAUACGCCCGCUAGCCUGGCCGUAAGCGCUGUUACCUAGCUCUGAUACCCCGUCGGGACCCAUCCUGCUUUCUCAAGAGCAUUCCAGACACUGUUUCACUAUCCUCUUUAAUGCUCCCAGGGACUCAUGAAACGAUGGCUCUCUACGGGUGGCCAAUUACGCAGUGUCAAUCAACGGCCCUCGACACCCAACUCAACUCUGGAAUACGUGUGAUUGACAUUCGGCUGGCGAUCAAUGGCGAUCAACUUAUUUCGUUUCACGGCAUUGUUUCCCAGCACACUCCAUUUUCGGACAUUUUACAUCAAUUACACGCAUUCCUCACUGCUCCAUCAACCUGCAGUGAGACUGUUGUUGUUUCCCUCAAGCAAGAAGAUGACGACACACGUCGCUUUCCUCACCUCGUACGCGAGGAAAUCAUGAAAUCACCCGGUGGUCUAGACAUGUGGUAUUUAGAAGAUCGUAUACCAAACUUGGGCGAGGUCAGGGGCAAAGCAGUCAUGUUUAGUCGCUUCGGAGGUGAUGGGUGGAAACACGGUGCGGUUGGAAUCCACCCACCCAUUUGGCCCGAUAGUGCGCGACUGGGCUUCUCGUGGGAUUGCAAGGGCUCCAUCGUGAGAACUCAGGAUUGGUACGCGAUACCAUCGUUUCUGUCGAUACCUGAGAAAGUGGAGACUUGCACUGAAAUCUUGGUUGCGCCAGAAGACUUUCCAAGUCCUGUCCUCUCUAUUUCUUUUCUUUCGGCAUCUUCUUUACCGUUCGCCUUACCACCGUUGAUCGCUCUGGGCCUGGGGUGGCCCAACCUAAAACUGGGUUUCGAAGGGGUGAAUUCGCGGGUGGGGAAGUGGUUGCUGGAAAGGCUGACCGGUACUGCUUCCGGGUUGGCACGUAAUACUGACGCACGUCCGCGGAUAAGAGGAUGGGCGCUAAUGGAUUUCUACGACGACCCUGCUGGCAUCGUCCCACUCUUCAUCGAAUGUAAUUUCAGGGGAAGAAAAGUGGGGGAAGAAGGCUGGAUUUGAAAGACUCGAGCAUGACGUGACCUGGGGGUUUUAUGCGGGAGAAAAGUAUUGGCCCAAGAAACUGAUUUUUCUGUUGAUCUUAAACGUCACGAGUAAUACAUACUAAAUCUUCUAAAACCACCCG